AUGUCGCUGUUGCGGGGGCCGCGGCCUCGCGGUGCUAGCAAAAAGGGCCCUAGGAAGCCGGCGGCGGCGAAGCGGGACUGGGACAGUACGGUCCAAGAUUUGACAGUCCACCGUGCAACUCCUGAUGAUAUUCUGCGUCGCCAUGAGAUGCACAAAUCAAAAAACAAAGCACUGGCACACUUGGAACUGCAAGAGAAAGCACUGAAAAGAAAAUGGAAGAAUCAAAAACAACUGGCUCCUGAUGCCUUGGAGAAAAGGAAACUGACUCUGAUGCGUGAGGUUCUGUCUGAUCAAUACCAUUUGCAGGAUGAUUUGGAGAGAUCUGAUCAGGUUAUGGCUGUGGCAAAAGGCUUGCUUGCAGGUGCUCCUCGCACACGAACAGGUUUCCCUAAUGUAACAAUGGCUCCUAACUGUGACCUAGAAUCAUCUCAAAGACCCAUUGUACGAAAAUGUGAUCCUCCCACUCAGCAUUCCAUCCUUAGUGAAUCUGUCAUAGCUUCCCAGGCUCUUAAUGAAGUAGAAGAGGAAAUGUUAUCAAUCUGUGAGUCAGAUGAUGAACACCACGACUCUCUGAAUUUCAAAUCCAGCAUCAGUUCUGACAGGCUACUUCGGUUAUUGAGAGAAGAUUCCUUGGUGAAUUCUCAGUUGCGGGCUGAAAAGAAUACACGGAAAAGUACCUUAUCUCAGGAAUCAAAUGUGCCUUUGACUCCAACAACUAUUUCUCCAUCACUGGAUCAAUCAGCCCUCAAUGCUACUGAUGUAGUCAAGAGAAUCCAUUCGAGGCUUCAGAAUGAAUAUGAAGAAGAGGCUGGAGACUCCACUUACGGUGUGAGACAAGUGCUGAACCCGAACUCAAGGAAACAAAGGCAAAUUGCAGCAAAAAUGAAAAGAAAACAAACUGCACAGAACUCUGCAAGACAGAGGAGAGAUGAUUCUCCAGUUAAUUCAGUCCCCAUUGACCUUCGGAGGGCAAACAAAUCCAGUCUAGAUGUUCUCAGCCACAUGAUACAUGAAGUAGAGCAUGAAUUGGAGGAAUAUGAGCGUUGUACAGGUCGUGAGGUUCAAAAAGCUGAGAGAAGUGAAGGCCUCACUGGUUUUACAUUAUCACUGGUGAACACUCUCUGUCGUUUGAUACGCUACCUCAAAGAGAGUGAAAUGCAGCUGCGUGAGAAGGAGGUGAUGAGGCAGCAGCAUGAGGAGAUGUUGAAUGAACACAGAGAACUGAUUGAUGCUCUGACUGCAGAAAUACUUCUAGUGAGGGAAGAAAACCGUACUACACAGGAGAAGCUUCACCAAUACAUGAUGGUUACAGAUGAACAGCUGAGCUCCCUCACACAAGCAUUGAAAGGCCUCCCUUUGGUAGAACCUAGAAGAGAACAAAGUCCAAAUAAUUUUGGAAUUGAAAGCAAAGAUCCAGCAAAUGGCCAAGAAAAACGUGAUUUGAGUUAUUUUGAGCCUAGAGCUGGUACAGGCAACAAGGAAGGUAUGCUGAAAUUCCCACAGGAAGAAAUUCCUUUCCAUUUUCUCCAGAGGUCAGGUGCUUCAGGUGAUUUGGGAACCAGUAGAAGCUUUCCAUCUCACAUCUUCCAGCCAGCCGUGCUGUUGUCACCCCCCCGGCAGAAGAGCAGUCAGGAGUUGUCUCCCCUCCAGAAUGCCACUUCUCAGUCUCCUGAAAACACUGAAAGAGAGCCCUGCAAGGAAAGGAGCUCAUCUUCCUCCCUGAGAACACAGAGCACAACUGAGAAAAAGACUCUCAUCUCUCAAAGGCAACCGAUUCUUCCUGCAGAUAAAGACUUGGAGAGUUCCCAGGAGAAAAUUGGUCGGUCCUGUACAGGCGAUACUAGGAAAAACAGCACAGCUGAAGAGCUACUUCAUAACAGUGAUCUGCUGGGACAGAUAGCUGAGUUUACGCAGCACAACUCUCUAAUUCAACCUCAGCAGAGCAAAUUCAGAAGCUUCUCUGAUGACACAAGUGACUGCCUAUAUCAGCCAGACCCAUUAGGAAAUGCAAAUCCUAGUCCAGACUCUUCACAAGGACAGACUCAUCUCAUGGUAUCAAAGAGCUUGGAGGAGAGAAUAGCAGAGCUGAACCGUCAGAGUACCGAAGCACGUGAUAAACUGUUGCAGCUAAUAGACCAGCAGAAAUCAGCUGCCACUGAUGCAGUCCCUCCAAUGGUAUCUCCUGUUCUGUCUCCAUCCCUAAAUUAUACUGAAAAUGCAAGGAGAACAGUUGAAGUGUCUGUUCCUGUGGCAGCUGACAGAUCCAAAGAAGAUAGUGUUUCCCCUGCCAGUAUGACCAGUGUAAGAAGGUCUCUAGGAGACUCUAGCAAAUCUUGUACACCCUUAAGUGCCAUGUCAGAAAAUACGAAAUUAACUUCUGUCAGCCAAAGACCAAAGGUAGAAAAGCAAAAAGAAGAAGGCUGGUUUGCAUUAUCAAUGCACAUUAUGUAA